UCAGUUGCCGAAAGGUGGGGACAUUUCCUGACACUUGCAACACUGAUAAGUCGCCUCCAGGGAGGCCGGGCCCAUCCCGCGCCGGGCCUGGAAGGCGGACACCUGGGCGCGUGGGGCCGCCUCUCCUCGUCCCCGCCAGCCCCGUUCGCCCCCGUCCCCGACCAUGUCCCUGGCCGAGGCCAUUAGCCUCUGGAACGAGGGGGUGCUGGCGGCCGACAAGAAGGACUGGAAGGGAGCCCUGGCCGCCUUCGGCGCCGUGCAGGACCCGCACUCCCGCAUUUGCUUCAACAUGGGCUGCGUGCACAGCAUCCUGGAGAACCUGCCCGCCGCGGAGCAGGCCUUUACCAAAAGCAUUAACCAAGACAAGCACUUGGCGGUCGCUUACUUCCAACGAGGGAUGCUCUACUGCCGGACAGAAAAGUACGACUCAGCCAUCAAAGACCUUAAAGAGGCCUUGACUCAGCUGCGCGGGAACCAGCUCAUAGACUACAAGAUCCUGGGGCUGCAGUUCAAGCUGUUCGCCUGUGAGGUGUUAUAUAAUAUUGCUUUCAUGUACGCCAAGAAGGAGGAGUGGAAAAAGGCUGAAGAACAGUUAGCAUUGGCUUCGAGCAUGAAGUCUGAGCCCAGACAUUCCAAAAUCGACAAGGCCAUGCAGUGUGUCUGGAAACAGAAGCUGUAUGAGCCGGUGGUGAUCCCUGUGGGCAGGCUGUUUCGACCAAACGAGAGACAAGUGGCUCAGCUGGCCAAGAAGGAUUACCUGGGCAAGGCUACGGUGGUGGCAUCUGUGGUGGACCAAGACAGUUUCUCUGGCUUCGCCCCUCUGCAGCCACAGGCAGCUGAGCCUCCACCCAGACCCAAAACCCCAGAGAUCUUCAGGGCUCUGGAAGGGGAGGCUCACCGUGUGCUGUUCGGGUUUGUGCCUGAGACAAAAGAGGAGCUCCAGGUCAUGCCGGGGAACAUUGUCUUCGUGUUGAAGAAGGGCAACGAUAACUGGGCCACGGUCAUGUUCAACGGGCAGAAGGGGCUCGUUCCCUGCAACUACCUGGAGCCGGUCGAGCUGCGGAUCCAUCCUCAGCAGCAGCCCCAGGAGGACAGCUCCCCGGAACUUGACAUCCCAGCUCCUCCUAGUUCCAACGCCCCGGGAAGACCCCAGCUGUCACCAGGUCAGAAACAAAAAGAAGAGCUCAAGGACGUAAAGCUCGGCGUCCCCAUGCCCUACACGCUCAAGGUGCACUACAAGUACACGGUGGUCAUGGAGACGCAGCCCGGGCUCCCCUACAGCCAGGUCCGGAACAUGGUGGCUAAGAAGCUGGAGCUCCUUCCAGAACACACGAAGCUGAGCUAUCGGCCUCGGGACAGCAACGAGCUGGUGUUGCUUUCGGAAGGUAACAUGAAGGAUGCCUGGGGCCAGGUGAAAAGCUACUGCCUGACUCUGUGGUGUGAGAACACAGUGGGUGACCAAGGCUUUCCAGAUGAACCCAAGGAAAGUGAAAAAUCUGAUGCUAAUAACCAUCCAACAGCAGCUCGGCUUGAAGGGAGCCAAGUGGUAGCACUCUUUAGUUAUGAAGGCACUCAACCAGAGGACCUGCAAUUUGCGAAAGGGGAUGUAAUCCUGGUGCUGUCAGAGGUGAAUGAAGAAUGGCUGGAAGGGGAGUGCAAAGGGAAGUUUGGCAUUUUCCCCAGAGCUUUUGUUGAAGAAGGUGCAACUACAGAUUUGAAAAGCACUCCUUAGAGAAGUCUAGGAUGUUUCACAGCCUACAAGUCAAGCAAAAGGAAUCUUUUCUUUCUUUCCAAGAUUUAGCACACCUCUGCUGUACAGCGUGCCAGGACAUUAUAGUUUGUAAGUGUUAACCUACAUUUUCCCUGUUAAAAUGUAACCUAUCAGACAAUGAUGUGAGCACCCAUGAUGAUUUCCUGGGGCACGGUAGGCAGGGGAGUUAUGGGGGGGAGGAGCGGGUGGAAGUAUCUGAGGGGGUCUUCCAGGGUGUUGAUAAUCUGUUUCUUGUUCUGAGUGCUGGCUACCCAGACACAUUCACAUUGUAAAAAUUCACUGAGCCGUAUACUUAUGAAUGAUGCACUUCUCUGUGCGAUACCUCAAUAAAAAACUUAAUCUUACAAAAACAAAACAAGACAUCAAGAGUCCAGGCCCAAGGGCUAAGUAUAAACAUUCCAGUUCCUGUACCGUACUAUCGUAGACUCUUAUAACAUUCAAUUCCACAGGGAAUUAAAAUACUAGAAUUACAUCUCUUUAUGCCUUCUCAGAGAGGAACAUUUGUUAAGAGUUCAAUACUGCAUAUUUGCCAUUAACACUCAAGUGAUGAAAAGCUGUGUUCAGGAAGUCAGUUGAUUAAUAAUUCUAUGAAGUUAUUAUAAUACAGUCACUGACAGGGACAGAAAUGUGUAGUUGUGUGAACAUCACAGAAUAUACCUACGCCAACCUAGGUUGUACAGCCUACUACACACCCAUAUAGCACAGCCUAUCGCCCCUAGGCUACCAAUGUGUACAGCACGUUACUGUACUGAAUAGUGUGGGCAACUGUAACACAAUAUCAAGUAUUUGUGUAACUAAACAUGUCAAAGAUAGAUAGAAUGCUAUGGUUUUACUUGGUUACCAUUUAACCCAAUGAUCCAGGUUUUCAGGGUUAACUUGAGUGAACGAUUCCAGAUACUUACCAGACCUUAGUACCUGGCUUUAAUUCCCCUCCCUCCCUUCUUCUUGAGAAUAUGUAUAGCUUUACUAACAAUUUUUCAAGUGCGUAGGUGCUUGUGAAAAGCAGAGUUAGGAAGUGAACUGGAGACUGAAUCAACACUUAGGUUAAGGGACAGCUGAUCAGCGUGAGCACACAGACCUCACGGUAAUAAGCUACGGCACUGGCUUCCACCAGCCCACAACUGAAGGUCCAGCAAUCUACCACUGAGGACUCUGGACUCAACUGGAAGAAACGUAACCCAAAGCUAAGAACAGCAAUUACUCUUACUGCGAAUCAGACUUAUUGAAUUUUAUAGACCAAAAGGAUGAACUAUCUCUGAACUGCCUCAUUAACAGCUACAGUAGGGAUAAAAGUAGUGAGAUGUUAACUCCUUAACAUAAGCCAUGCUUCAUUUAAAAAAUUUUGAUAGUUUCUUUCUACUCAUCCCUUUCCAUAAUAAUUCGUCUGGAAUGCUAAUAAGAGCAAAAAUAACCCCGAAACGUAUUCAAGUUCUGAUCAUCUUUGCUUCUCCCUGGACAACUUGUGAGUAGCUGAAAUUCUUGCCUUUAAGUUGGAUUUUCUUGAAUACUGUAUCUUUCAGGAUAGAAAAUAAAUAAUCUAUACACAGA